AUGAUGCAGCAUGACAUCCUCAGACUAGAGGCCAUCACACUCCUGUGCUUGGAGAACGUCAAGCGGCUUCGACAGCAGCUGACCACAAAGUCCGAGAAUCUGUAUAGCCUGGAGAACCGGAAGCAGCAGCUCCAGAUCAGCAUGGAGGAGAGGGAGAAGGAGAUCGAAGUCCACACAGAGGUCUUGCGCGCACAGCUUCGGUCCGCGGAGGAGGAGAAGCACAAGGCGGCAAUCGAGCUUGCAGAAAGGAAGCAGAAGAUCUUCACUUUGAAGAGCAAGUACGACAACGUUAUGUGCAAGGUCAAGAAAGAGGAGGGUGGAGAGCAGCUGAGCCAAGCUCACUACAUGAUCAAGGCUGCUCAGGACAAGGAGGAGCUGCAGAGGAAGGGCGACGAGCUCGACGACAAGAUCCGCCGGGCAGAGAAGGAGAUUCGGUCGCUGGAAAACACCCUGGGCCAUCUGGUGCAGCGCAACCAAAAGUUCAAAGAGAACUUGCAGACUUCGAACCUGCAGAACCAGUCCGAACUCGAGGAGAAACAGACGCUCGAAGAGCAGUCGAGGGCGGCAAAUGAAGUUCUCUUCAAGAAGAAGAAGGUGUUGACGCAGCUCGAACAAGAGGCCCAGGAGGAUGUACAGCGUUACGAGGAGCUGCAGCGGUCCAUGCAGCAGAUGGAGGCUCAGGUGAAUGAGCUGACUGCAGCAAGGGAUGUCCUUCGCCAGGACGUCUCCGGGCAGCACAAGUCCGAACGCCGAACGCCUGAGACCUUGGCCAAUGCGCAGACGCGGGCCAUUCAGUCCGGCGUGGACUUGGCUCCGGACAGCGCAGCGGCCGUCGAUGUCAAGGCAAGGGGGCUCCGGGAGCAGAACCAGAGCCUGCUGUUUGCGCUGAGCAACGCGCUGCAAGACUAUGGGGAGGACGUGCUUCCCCUUUUCGAGAACCUCUGCGCGGAGCGUGGCGUCGCCAUGCCCUCGCGGCCGCCGCUCGGAGUGCAUGGUAACAGUUUUGAGGUUUAG